CGGAACGGCCUGAGAUGUCACCCGUCGGGAGAUGUCAAAACGAAGUCUAGGAAUAAUGAGAUGAUUGUCACUCCAUAGACAAAGAAGCAAGACGUAGUGCGAGAGCGUGGUUCGUUAAAAUUGUUAAAAUCUGAACUGCAAUUUAUUGAAUUUUUAUGUAUUUUCAGUUACUCUUAAAGCUAAUAUCCAUAUCUUUGAACUUAAACUAACUUAUCCUAAGUGUAUCACAGUCAGACGUGUUAUCACAGUUGGAAGAUUAUCACAGUCGUAAGUUGUAUUAAAUCUAAAGCGAAUCUAUUUCUAACCUUAAACUAAACAUAGAUUGUACAGUGAACACGAGGGAUACGAACACCAAAAUCAUAUUCAAUAGGCUCAAAGACCGAAAAUUCUUAAAGCUGUCUUCACACCCUACUUACUGGAGUUUGUGAGCUGCUACGAGGAAUCGGAAAGAGCCCUUUGUUCCUUUGAACAAAUCUUUAAGAAUUUUCGUCAUGGCUAACCCGGAUCAAGUAGCGAACAAUUCCGAUCCGGCAACACCGGCGAAUAAUCAGACGACCGACUGUAUGUGCUGCGAUCGCCCGGAGUCGAUUGACGAUUGCGUACAAUGCGAUCAAUGCAGCGGAUGGUGGCAUAUGACGUGUGCGGAAGUUACGACCUCGGUGGCAGAUCGAUCGUGGACCUGUAGUCAUUGCCUGCCGAUGAGUGUUUCUUCUAGGACAACGACAUCCAGCGUAAGAGCGGCCCGAUUAGCUCUGAAGAAGCAGCAGUUGGAAGAGCAACAAGCAAUGGAGCAACGACAUCUGGCCGAAAAAUACAAGCUUCUGCAAGAGGAACUGAACGAGAUCGAUGAAACUAGCAGCAACAGAAGCAGGAUCAGCCGACGAACGAGCCUAGAUAAGGUGAAGCAGUGGCAACAGAAAUGUGCGGAGCAGACCGAUGGUGCCCAAGGUCUUCCGCCAAUGGGCUCACCGACGGAACCCGUUGCAGUUCCUCCGGCUUCACGAAUGGAUUCUAGAGAGGACGGUUUAAUGCCAUCUGUGGAUAUGUCGAAUAUCAUCGCUUCAAAACUACCUCCAGUGGGACCAAAUACGCAGGCGCAGUCUGAUGCUAGCCAGGGAAAGCUGGUAUCUGAGAGAGUUCCUCAGGGAGAGGCGAUAAACAAUGAUCGGCGUAACACUGUCGCCACAGAGGGACAUCGAGGGUACAGUUUCCACCAACCAUCCUUGAACUCGACAGUGAAAGCACCCAGUUAUCCGGAACCAAGCCGGGCAUUGAAGAACCAGCAGCAGCACACCGGCGCGAUCCCUAAAGUGGUUCCGAAACAAAAGGAGGUAGCUGACGCUGUAGGUAAAACCCUUCCCCAUGAGAUCCCCGUAGCACAAGGUAAGCCACCUCAUGAUCCUAUUAGUGAUCAAUUCAUACCCCCGAAAUUCGAAAACUCCCUCCAACACAUUACGAAACAGUUCGGAAGCCUGGCACCGUCAGCCAUGGUUUCUUCUUUCCAUGUAUACGGAGCCAACACUCAUUUACCAUCAGAAACGAGUAUUGGCAUAACACCAUCGGCAAAUCCGAUGCUAUCUUCCGGGUCAGCUCCCCCAUCAAUGGGACUGCCGAAUGUUGGCCAUGGGCCACAUGUUAAUCCGGUUCUACCCACCGGCCAAGUUCCCCCUCCGCCGGGACUGGCGCAAGCUGGCCAUUUGCCACAAGUGAAUCCGGUUCUAUCUACCGGCCAAGUUCCCCCUACGUCGGGACUGGCACAUACUGGCUAUUUGCCACAAGUAAAUCCGGCUCAAUUCUGCGGUCAGGUACCCCUUUCGUUGAGACUGUCGCAAGUUGGCCAUUUGCCACAUGCAACACCGGUUCUACCCACUGGCCAAGUUCCCCCUCCGUCGGGACUGCCGCAUAUUCUAUCCGUCGGUCAAGUUCCCCCUUCGUCGGGACUACCACUUGUAGACCAAUUCACCCCCUCACCCUCGCAGUUAGCCGCGCGUCAAGUGAUGUCACGUGAUCUACCGACUUUUUCGGGCGACCCUGCUGACUGGCCGAUAUUCAUCAGUACCUUUAUGAAUAGUUCUCUGUCAUGUGGUUUCAACAGUGCUGAAAACCUCGCGCGACUUCAACGCUGUUUGAAAGGGCCCGCGUACGAAUCUGUUAAAAGUCGAUUAUUACUUCCGGAAUCUGUGCCCCAAGUGAUUGAUACCCUUCGUUUGCUGUAUGGACGGCCUGAAUUGUUGAUAAAUGCUCUACUACAAAAGGUGAGAAGUGUUCCAGCUCCGAAAGCAGAAAAGUUGGAGACCAUCAUCGAUUUCGGCAUGGCUGUGCGCAGCCUGUGCGACCAUCUGGAGGCAGCUGGUCAGCGGGAACAUCUAUCCAACCCUACCUUGCUGAUGGAGUUAGUGGAAAAGUUGCCCGCUCAUACCAAAAUGCAGUGGGCGGACUACAUGCAACUGCAUCCAGUGGUCAACCUGAAGGCGUUCGGUGAUUUCAUGUUUGGAGUCAUCACGGCGGUCAGCAGAGUAACCAUGUACACCGGCGGAAGCAGCGACAGCCAACAUAAAGCGAAACAGAAGGGGACGAUAAACGCUCACACCAGCGAAACAAGUGAUAUUCGUGAACCAGUGCGAGAGAUUGUGAGAGAACGAGUGUGUGUUUGCUGCAAGAAGCCAUGGCAUCGACUAGCAGAGUGUUCUAUCUUCAAAUCAUACACGGUUGACGAACGCUGGAAGUUCGCACAGAAUAAUGGACUGUGUCGGAGUUGCCUGAACGCUCAUGGAAGGAGGAGUUGCAAGAAUGCAAUGCAGUGUGUGAUAGAAGGAUGUCAUUAUCGCCAUCAUCCCCUGCUGCAUUCCAAUCAACCCAAUGCCAGCUCUCAGUCUUUACAACCGUUAUCGACGGCACAGAAUCACAUGCAUCGACGGUAUAAACCAGCACUUCUUUUCCGCGUUAUUCCUGUGAUCAUUUCCGGGCCACGAACAACCGUCGAAACCUUCGCCUUCUUAGACGAUGGUUCGGAUCUAUCGCUCAUCGAAACCAGUCUGGUGAGGCAGCUCGGAAUCGAAGGAUCGAAGAAACCGCUGUGUCUGAAAUGGACAGGUAACGUCACCAGAAUCGAAUCAGAAUCGAAGCACGUGAGCAUCGUGGUGAAGGGAGCGAGCGGUCAACAAGAAUUCUCUCUCAAUGACGUCCGGACUGUAGAAGAGCUGACUUUACCAGAACAAAGUCUUGAGUACGAUGACCUGUCCCAACAAUACCAUUAUUUGAAGGGAUUGCCGGUAGUUAGCUACAAAAAAGCGGUUCCACGGCUGUUGAUAGGAGUCAACAACGCGAAUCUGACAGUCCCACUAAAAGUGAGAGAAGGGAAGAAAGGUGAACCUAUUGCAGUGAAAACCCGACUGGGAUGGUGCAUCUUCGGUGGUUGUGGUGAGAAGGUGACACACUCAUUGAACUACCAUACCUGCGAAUGCUCUAACGACCAAGAGUUGCAUAACAUUGUGAAAGAAUAUUUCACGAUGGAAGAUGCAGGAGUAAAGUUACCGGAGAUGUUGGAAUCCGAAGAGGACAAGCGAGCUAGGAGGAUUCUAGAAGAAACCACGGUUCGAGUUGGUGGACGGUUCCAAACAGGUUUAUUAUGGAAGUAUGACACUGUUGAGUUCCCAGACAGUUACAACAUGGCGGUAAAAAGAUUUGAGUGUUUGGAACGCAAGAUGGUCCGAGAUCCAGAGCUGGCGGUGAACCUGAAGAACCAGAUUUCGGAAUAUCAGACGAAAGGAUAUGCCCAUCGAGCGACGAGAGAAGAGUUAGUCCAAGCAGAUCCGAAACGCGUGUGGUACCUGCCCUUGGGUGUAGUGACAAACCCACGAAAGCCGGGCAAAGUUCGGCUAAUAUGGGACGCAGCCGCAAAAGUGGACGGAAUAGCCUUAAACUCGAUGCUACUAAAAGGUCCGGAUCAACUGGUUUCGCUUCCUGCAGUUCUGUCACGUUUCCGUCAAUUCAAAGUGGGCGUCUCUGCAGAUAUCAGAGAAAUGUUUCAUCAGUUGCAGAUUCGUGAAACCGAUCGCCAUUCUCAACGAUUUCUUUUCCGUGACGACCCGUCAAAGCCAAUAGAAAUCUACCUUAUGGACGUUGCAACAUUUGGAUCUACUUGUUCGCCGGCGUCGGCGCAAUACGUGAAAAACAAAAACGCCGAGGAGUUUUUGGACAUCUUUCCACGGGCAGCCGAAGGAAUCAUAGAGAAUCACUACGUGGACGAUUAUCUUGAUAGCUUUGAGGAUGAUGAAGAGGCUGAACGGGUGUCGAACGAAAUCCGAUCAAUACACCAGAGAGGAGGCUUUGAACUUAGGAAUUGGCUGUCGAAUAGUGAAAAAGUUUUACGUGGCUUGAACGAGGAGGAUCCUAAAGCAAGCAAAAGCCUGUGUUUGAAUACAGGUGAUAGUAGUGACCGAGUUUUGGGCAUGUUGUGGCACACUGCGGAAGACGAGCUUUGCUUUUCGAUGAAGAUGAAGGAGGAGGUCCAACUGGUGUUAGAUAGCGGGAAGCGGCCUACAAAGCGACAAAUGUUGAGAUGCUUGAUGGGAAUCUUUGACCCAUUGGGACUUUUGAGCGUAUUCCUGGUUCACGGAAAGAUACUUCUCCAGGAUGUGUGGCGAUCUGGACUGCAGUGGGAUGAGAUGGUAUCAGGAGAUAUCUUCGAGCGCUGGAGAAGAUGGACCGGUCUGUUUCCCAAGAUCGGCGAGCUGCAUGUUCCUCGAUGUUACUUCAAGCAAGCCACUGUACGGACGUAUGAACAACUUCAGCUGCACGUUUUUGUCGAUGCGAGCGAAGCCGCUUUCGCUGCCGUGGCGUACUUCCGAGUAAUCAACGAUAAUGGAGAACCUGAAUGCUCAAUAGUUGCCGCAAAAACAAAGGUCGCGCCCCUAAAACCACUCUCAAUACCGCGCUUGGAGUUGCAAGCUGCUGUUUUGGGAAGCCGUUUGCUGUCUUUCGUUCAAGAGAGUCACAGCGUAAAAUUUAAGAAGCGAUUCCUGUGGAGCGAUUCCGCAACAGUAUUGGCCUGGCUACGGGCUGAUCAUCGUCGGUACAAGCAGUACGUAGCGUGCCGUAUAGGAGAGUUACUGUCAGCGACGGAUGUAGCAGAAUGGCGAUGGGUUCCCAGCAAUUUAAACCCAGCAGACGCAGCAACGAAAUGGGGAAAAAUGCAUGUCCGGACGUGA